GGCGGGGGCGGGGCUGGGGGAGGCGCGCGCCGAGAAGGCCGGGGAGUCCCUCGCCUCGGCCCUUUGAGCCCGGACCGGACAGAGAUGUGAUAAUGGAUCAUCAUGUUUCCACCAUCAAACCUCGAAGAAUCCAAAACCAAAAUGUCAUUCACCGCCUGGAACGCCGGCGGAUCAGUUCAGGCAAGGCAGGCACCCACUGGCACCAGGUCCGAGUGUUCCACCAGAAUGUCUUCCCCAACUUCACGGUCGUCAAUGUUGAAAAGCCGCCUUGUUUCUUGCGUAAAUUCUCACCUGAUGGACGCUACUUCAUUGCUUUCUCUUCAGACCAGACAUCUCUCGAAAUCUAUGAGUACCAGGGCUGCCAGGCAGCUGAGGACCUACUGCAAGGCUAUGAGGGGGAGAUCCUGUCCAAUGGCAAUGACCAGCGGUCAGUCAACAUCCGUGGCCGGCUCUUCGAACGCUUUUUCGUCCUGCUGCACAUUACCAAUGUGGCGGCCAAUGGCGAGCACCUGAACCGGGAGUGCAGCCUCUUCACUGAUGACUGCCGCUGUGUCAUCGUGGGCUCAGCUGCCUAUCUCCCAGACGAGCCUCACCCUCCUUUUUAUGAGGUAUAUCGGAACAGUGAGUCCGUGACCCCCAACCCCCGGUCCCCCCUGGAGGACUACUCCCUCCAUAUCAUUGACCUUCAUACUGGCCGCUUAUGUGAUACACGUACCUUCAAGUGUGACAAAGUGGUCCUGUCACACAACCAAGGGUUGUACUUGUAUAAGAACAUCCUGGCCAUCUUGUCAGUGCAGCAGCAGACCAUCCAUGUCUUCCAGGUGACUCCUGAAGGCACGUUCAUUGAUGUGAGGACCAUUGGCCGCUUCUGCUAUGAGGAUGACCUGCUCACUGUGUCAGCUGUUUUUCCUGAGGUGCAGCGGGACAGUCAGACAGGCAUGGCCAAUCCUUUCAGGGAUCCCUUCAUCAACUCCCUGAAACACCGGCUGCUCGUGUACCUUUGGCGCCGGGCAGAGCAGGAUGGUAGUGCAAUGGCCAAGAGGCGCUUCUUCCAGUAUUUUGACCAACUACGGCAGCUGCGCAUGUGGAAAAUGCAGCUUCUGGAUGAAAACCAUCUGUUUAUCAAGUAUACUAGUGAGGAUGUCGUAACCCUGCGGGUCACAGAUCCAUCACAGCUGAUUCUGCCCGACAGAGACUGUAUAAGGAAUUGUCUCCUAAGACCUUACCAGCCAUCCAUGGCAUCUUUCUUUGUGGUGUACAAUAUGGUGACAACAGAGGUGAUCGCUGUGUUUGAGAAUACAUCAGAUGAGCUUUUGGAGCUGUUUGAGAACUUCUGUGAUCUCUUCCGUAACGCUACCCUGCAUAGUGAAGUCCAAUUUCCCUGCUCAGCUUCCAGCAACAAUUUUGCAAGGCAGAUCCAGCGCCGGUUUAAAGACACUAUUGUAAAUGCCAAGUAUGGAGGGCACACGGAGGCAGUACGCCGGCUGCUGGGUCAGCUCCCCAUCAGCGCCCAGUCUUACAGUGGUAGCCCCUACCUUGAUUUGUCUCUCUUCAGCUACGAUGACAAGUGGGUGUCAGUCAUGGAGCGGCCCAAGACUUGUGGAGAUCACCCUAUCAGGUUCUAUGCCCGGGACUCUGGUCUGCUCAAGUUUGAGAUUCAGGCAGGCUUACUGGGCCGCCCCAUCAACCACACGGUGCGACGCCUUGUUGCCUUCACCUUCCACCCUUUUGAGCCUUUUGCUAUCUCUGUGCAGAGGACUAACGCUGAGUAUGUUGUCAACUUCCAUAUGCGACACUGCUGCACGUAGGUGCCUCACCAGAGCGGGUCAUCUGGUCUUCCAAGACUCUGCCCCCUUCAUAUCUCAGUGGACUGUAAAGCAGAAGCUCCUGACUCUCAGCCUUGUCGGUUCCAGACUGUAUACCUCAGAUGGGGAGAGCCAUGUGGCUCAGCCUGACGGAAUUUUUUUGUCGUACACAGUACAACUACCGAUCGACUUAAAGUCCUCUUGCCUUUUCCCUGUGGGAAUGCCCAGCAUUAAUUAAGUCCAUUUAAGUUUUGUUUUAUUUUGCAUUUUAUUGCUAUGAAGAUGAGAGCAUUACACCUCUGCCUCCUUCAUGUCACUUCUUUGGCAUUAUGGUAUACAGCCUGAAGCAGGUGAAUCUUGUUUACUCAUGAGAGGUGUAUACAUCUUUCCACUUAGCCAAUAACAGGGCUGUCUUUAUAAGAAAAAAAAAAUAAAGCCUUGGUAU